CACGAGGCGGACGCUGAGGGCUUCCGCGCGGGCCACCCGGGUCCAGCGCGCUCCGCCGGGAAACUUCUGCGGGCGCCGGGCUGGAGCUCCUGGCAGGGCUGGGAAGGAAAGGAAAUACCAAAAUAUUUGCAGACUGGAUCCAAAUCAGGAGCCCACAUGAACUUAAAGAAGCGAGCAUGGGAUUCUUAGUUUUUCAAGAUCCGUACACACGAAGCCUUUAAUCAGCAUCAACUCCAGUGUCCGUUUUCUCUGGUUUUGUGAAGACUGCACAAAACUCUCAUGAUGGAGAACCAAAGGACUUAGUUACCUGUUUCAGUGUCAUCUAAAGUCAACUGAAAAGUGAAGCAGGCAGUAAUACAGCCAUGGAAAGAAAUUCAAGUUUAUGGAAGAACCUAAUAGAUGAACACCCAGUCUGCACAACCUGGAAGCAAGAGGCCGAAGGAGCCAUUUAUCAUCUUGCCAGUAUUUUAUUUGUAGUAGGUUUCAUGGGUGGCAGUGGAUUCUUCGGGCUCCUUUAUGUCUUCAGUUUGCUGGGGUUGGGUUUUCUCUGUUCUGCUGUCUGGGCUUGGGUAGAUGUCUGUGCAGCUGACAUAUUUUCCUGGAAUUUUGUACUGUUUGUCAUCUGCUUCAUGCAAUUUGUUCAUAUUGCAUAUCAAGUUCGCAGCAUAACCUUUGCCCGAGAAUUCCAAGUGUUGUACAGCUCCCUUUUCCAGCCCCUGGGGAUCUCUUUGCCUGUCUUCAGAACGAUUGCUUUGAGCUCUGAAGUGGUUACUUUGGAAAAGGAACACUGUUAUGCCAUGCAGGGGAAAACUUCCAUUGAUAAACUCUCCUUGCUUGUUUCAGGAAGGAUCAGAGUGACAGUUGAUGGUGAAUUUCUGCAUUACAUUUUCCCCCUUCAGUUCCUGGAUUCUCCUGAGUGGGAUUCACUGAGACCCACAGAGGAAGGCAUUUUUCAGGUAACCCUCACUGCAGAAACUGAUUGUCGAUAUGUGUCUUGGAGGAGAAAGAAAUUAUAUCUGCUCUUUGCUCAGCAUCGUUACAUCUCCCGCCUUUUUUCAGUGCUAAUUGGCAGUGACAUUGCAGAUAAACUCUAUGCCUUGAAUGACAGGGUAUAUAUAGGAAAAAGAUAUCACUAUGAUAUUCGGCUACCCAACUUCUAUCAAAUGUCAACUCCAGAAAUACGCAGAUCACCCCUGACACAACAUUUUCAGAAUUCCAGACGAUACUGUGAUAAAUGACAUCAAAGUCUGAAAUUUAUAAGUAUAAAAAAAGACUCUCUCUUCAUCAUUCCCCAGUGAAAUAGCAAAAUACAAAAAAAGAGCUCCCUAAUGUUUUUAUAAAUCAAAUUCAGAAGCGAGAUGCCAUUGCCAACUGUUUUAUUCCUUUCAACAACUGCAUUGUGAAUAAACUUUACAAAUUUUUCUUGUA